AUGAUUAAGGGAAUUUCUGCAUUAGAGCUAUUGCAUCGUGAAACAGCAUCUACAAACCGAAUCAAAACUCUUUGUAGGGCUCUUGAUAAAAUGCUUUGUGGAGGAAUUAUUAUCGGUAAAGGAAUUGUUGAAUUAUGUGGUGUCCCAGGAAGCGGAAAAACUUUACUCUGUAAACUAUUAGCAUUAAAUAUUCAAAUUCCAAAAAGUAUUGGUGGGCCAGGCCUGAAUGCAAUAUAUAUAGACACAGAGGGUGGCUUCAGUAAAAAUAGGCUAAGAGAAAUCUCAAAAAACACAUUAAGUUACAUUCAUGAAAAAAAUAAAUUCGGAAAUAUAACCAAUAAAAACUUGAUUGAAAAUGUCAAGUAUAUAAGAAUUUUUGACUUGGAAGAAUUACUUAAUGUUUUAUUUAUAAUGCCUAGUCAGAAAAUUGCAAAGAUUUUAGAAAACAUGUCCAAAGAAUAUUCUCUUUCAAUAAUUGUGACAAAUCAUAUGACAAAAAAAUAUAUUGAUAAUGAUCAAAAAAAAAAAAAAGAAAAACAACCAACCAAUUCUAUAGAAGAAAAAUAUUUAGAGCCUUCUUUGGGUUUAUCUUGGAACUCGCUGAUAUGUGAAAGGCUAAUUUUGAAACGUGAGAGAGAUCUGACACUUGGAAGUGAAAUUUUAAAUAAAAUUUCUGUUACUAACAGUUUUGGUGAAAUUGCAUAUUUUAAGGUAAUUCAUUUUUAA